CCUAGGCGGAGAUUGACAAGACUGAAUUAUUUUGAUCUGUAGUUUCUGUUAGUGAUGUUUUCUUUUUUAAAAUAAUUUUUGUUACUUUAAGUGUUAAGUAAACUUAUCAACGGGUAAUAUUUUGCUUAGUAUUAAUAUCGUGCAAUUAAUUAAACAGUUAUGGAAAAGGAGGAAUUAACCACAAUAAUGAAAGAUUUGGAUGAUAUGGCCAUGAGAAUGUUACAACUGAUGAAAGAAUACAUUGAUGUGAAACGCACAUUAGAAGAAUUUAUUAAGUCUGGUGCUUUACAUUUGGCCAAGUCUCGUUAUAUAAUGGGUAAUAGGACUGUAUCAGCACUCCAGUUGCCUGCCGAAGAUAGCAAUGAGUUCACUGCAUUAGCUAAAGUUUUGUCAGUUAAGGACUCAUCUGAUGAAAUUAUCUUUGACUUAAAUAGGCUUUCUUUAAGUGAUUUUAGUAAAAAUGUUAAGUCCAGACAUCCUAAGCCAGACAAAAGUGGAAGUGAAGAAACAAAUGAUCUAAAUAACUGUAUUCAAGAUCCUCUUAAAUGGUUUGGUGUACUUGUACCUCAAAAUAUGCGGCAAGCACAGUCCAGCUUUUCCAAAGCUUUGGAAUAUGUCAUACAAGCAACUAAUUUGCAGUUAGAAAUGGCUCGAUUAAAAGUUAACUAUGAAAGUAAGUUAGAUAAGAAAAAAAAAAUCCUCGACUUAAACAUUUAAUAUUAUUUCCAAAAUUUAUAUAUGUACAUAAGUGAAAGAAUAUAAAUAUAUAUAUUUUUUGUUUAAAAUGUGUAUCAUCUUGUUUAACUGUGAGCAUUAUUUUUUAAUGACAGACUGGAAACAACAUAAAACCUAGUUAAUUUUUGGUGAAACAUUGUUGAUUUAGAAAAAGUUAGUUGAGGUACAAUAAAAUAUUUAAGAAAAAGCACAGUAAAACCUUGUUUUCUUUUGUGUUGACCUGGCCUUCAUUAAGACUAAAUGGAAACCAGAUAAUAUUGACCAAUAAGAAAGUGAAAGAAAAAUAUUACAAGGAAUUAAGAAGUUGAAAUGCUAAUGAAAAAUUAAUGCAAAUUUUUCAAAUAAAUAAGUCAAUUGUUAUUUAUGCAUAAAUAAUAAUUGUAUUUACAUAAAUAUAUAUAUACAG